AUGUCGCCUUCAUCCAACACCAUCGUCCUGAUCACGGGCGCAAACCAGGGCAUUGGAUUCGAAUGUGUCAAGAAGCUGGCCGCCGAGCAGCCCGGGUACCGCAUCAUUCUCUGCUCGAGGGACGCUCAACGGGGGAAGCAGGCCGCCAGUGCUGUCACCAAUUUCGCAAACGACACCACAGUCGAAGCGCUUGAGCUGGACGUCAACAGCGACGAGUCGAUCGCGAGAGCUGUGAAAUAUGUCGAGGAGAAAUAUGGUCGACUUGACGUCCUCUUCAACAACGCCGGAAUAAUGUCAACGCCCGGCGCUAAAAGCCUUCGUGAGGACCUGCGCGGAGUCAUGGAGACCAACGCCAUCAGCGCCGCGUGCGUGACCGAGGCCUUCAUCCCGUUGAUGAAGAACUCCCCCCACCCACGGAUCGUCUUCAUGUCGUCCACCUUCGGCUCGAUCACGUAUUGUCUGGACUCUUCACGCCCCUUUUACGGCUACGACGCGAAACCGUACUUCACGUCCAAGGCCGCGCUGAACAUGCUCGGCGCGCAGUACGCGGUGCAGCUCGGCAAGCAAGGCUUCAAGGUCAACAUGGUCGACCCGGAGUUCCGGUCCACCAACCUGAACGGGUUCCACGAAUAUGGCGGCGACCCGGCCGAGGGGGCACUCGAGGCGUGCAGGUUGAUCGUCAGCACUGACCCAAACGGUCCGAAUGGUGCUUUCACGUCCCUGAAGGGUCCGCUUCCGUGGUAA